AUGUCACGGCCCAAGCCGCCGCCUCCUGGCAACGAAGAGGCCUCGGCGACGCUGAACCUCGGCGAGUUUAACAACGUUGACACCUUGACGCUGUCGGAAGCCUCGCUCGUUCUAAACGCGCUGGUCGCGAAGCGGCGCAACGACCGCAAAAACGUCAACGAGACCGAGAUGCUGAACCAGACCCUCAGCUACCUCGACCACUUUGCGCGGUUCACGCAAAAAGAAAACGUAGAGGCCGUGGAGCGGCUGCUCAGCACGCACAAGGACCUGGCCAAGUUUGAGCGCGCCCAGCUGGGAUCGCUGUGCUGCGAAACCGCCGACGAGGCCAAGACGCUGAUCCCCUCGCUCGCCGACAAGAUUUCCGACGAGGACCUAAAGGAGCUACUCGAGGAAAUUUCCAAGCUGCAAAACCGGUAA